AAUAGUACAUAUAUAUGCAAUGGAAUUCCAUAUUCCUUACAAAUGUCGACUGUAUCUGACAAGAUGUACACAACAGGAAUUGUUGUACUAGCUCUAUGCGUGGUGGCGUCCCUUCAAGUCCCCUCGGAAAGGGUUCUGCGUGAUGAUGAAGCGGAGGUCAACGCCACCGAUUCUACGGGAGGGUCGGUGGAGGCUUCCGCCAGUACUAAUGCACCAGGUACAGGAGGCGGCGGAUCUGGCCAGGACGUCAUCAGCGGCAUCUUCCAGUCUCUCGCGGCCAACAACUCCUCGGGUUCUAGCUUCUGGCAGUCGGCGGCGCCAUUCUUCAACCUCUUCUCCAAACUGCCCGUUGGCGGCCAAGACGGAGGUCCCGACAGUAACUCAUUUACUCGACGAAAAUUCCCUUGGCAAUCCUAAAAUUAAAGACGAAUAACAAAAAUAAGUUGUGCUUGUCUCCCUUCUUGUUUUUGUUUUUAUUUAAUAAAUAAAUGUUACCACAUA